AUGAAUUCCAUCCAUCCCUUAACGACUCGUGGAGGUGGCCGAGUGUCCCUUGCCUGUAUCCCCUGUAGAGCUCGGCAUGUCAGGUGUGACGCGAGGCGACCCAAGUGCGAUCGAUGUUCUGCUGAUAGUAGGAAGUGUUACUAUGUCGAGUCCCGGAGAGGCGGUUUGACUCGAGAAGCCCUUGCGAAGCGUCGUGAACGAGAAGCAAUUCAAAGGCGACCGUCUCAUCAGCAGCAGCAGCAGCAGCAGCAGCAACGACAAUCUGCGUCUUCUCAGCUAUCUUCAAACAUUGGUCAGCUUCAGCAAGGCAUAGAUGUCCCCAGCGCACUGCCGGCAGAUGACCAUGUGUCGCUUCCAGAAACCAAUAUCUCGACCGCGUCCAAGUUCAUUUCGGGCAAGAGCGCCAGCGACGUCCUCACUGAUCCAUGUAUCGACCUCUACUACGAAUAUUUCCAUCGCCUGCAUCCGUGCGUGCUGCCACGGAAGGCUCUGGGGAAGAUGCUAGAGGACGAAAGCCAAUCUCCUAGUUUGCAACCCUUGCUGGUAGUGAUGCGCUUCAUCGGCUCACUGUACAAGGGCUCUUGUAAUUUGGAUCCGGCGGAGAAAGAACUCCCUAGCCACCCCGUUGACGAGGAGUAUACCCGGUCCAACGGCUUUAUGGUCCAGUAUUAUCUUCUUUAUUCCAUCGCCCUAUAUUGGUGCGGGGAAGAAACACGAUCUCGAAAGGAAAUGGACUGCGCCAUCGACCUCGCUGUAGAGCUGGGCAUGCAUCAAGCUGGCUUUGCCAUCGAACAUGGGCGCGGCGAUACUGUUCUUCAGGAGUGUUGGAGAAGGACGUGGUGGCAGAUUUAUGUGGUUGACGCUUACUACGCAGCCAUGCAGCACACCUGGACCUCCUUGACCUCUGGUAUCAUUAUGUCCACCCACCUACCGUGCGAAGAGAACGAGUACGAGUCGGGAGUCAUACCGGACCCUAAAACACUUGACGACUUCACCUCCCGAGACUUUGCCUCUGAUGAUCAUGUCUACUCAUCAUUCGCCUACCUCAUCGGCGCCGUUCACGGACUCCUGUCGGCGAUGUCGAGGAACUUCCUAGAGUUCCCAGAGAAUGCUCACACGCGGCACCUCGAGGCCGCCGAUGCCGCCAUGGAUGGAUGGUUUCUGCUUCUUCCCCAGGAGAAACGGGAAAUCAUGUCUGGUACAGGAGAAAUCGACGAGCUGAUGUUCCAGGCACACAUGGCAAUCCACGCAGCCGCCGUCGGUCUGCACAGGCAGUACUCGUCGUUGUUCCUGGAUCCAACGGAAGCUAUCUCCCGUUGCCCUACGAGUGCUCCAGAGUAUCGCUUUCGUUGUCCUUCUGAAUCUCAGAAUAUUCAUACUGCACGAUGUCUGAACGCCGCAGAAAACCAAGCUCGGUUGAUGACGCUGCCCACCACCCCACUCACUCACUCGCCCUUUGUCGUGUGCAUGAUUGUGACAGGGACGAUUUCGCUGUUGUCGGCCUGCAAGUUCCACCUUUCCGGUCGCCGACUCGUGGUAGCCCGAGACCAGAUUCGAAUGAGCAUCGGAUGGCUGAGGUCAUUCGCAAUGGUGUGGUCACGGGCGGAGAGAAAUCGCUUGGAUGUUCAAGCAAUUGCCCGAGAAGUCCUCGUUCCGCCAAAGAAAUCCCACGCUGGUAGACGGGCAACAGACGACAUCAUCCCUCCCCACGAUUGCGGCCAGCCUGAGGUUGAUGCUGGCAACGAUACACGCGAGGCGCUGGGCGAACAAGCAUUUCUAUCGCCAUCCUUUGAUACACUUCAGGGUUUCUUUCCCUUUGGCGACCUUCAACAUAACGUCUCCAUGUGGUGUCAGGACUGACAAAGCUUUAACAAGAACUUACACGGAUGAUAUUCUAUGCGCAUGGGCAAAUGAGAUCUAUUUGCACGCGCCAGGCGUAUUCUACCAGCAUUCACUGCGCAGCUAUGACGACUUACUUGGCUAACGGAAUUCAAGAAUGCUUCAGCAGGAAGAUAUAUGUAUUACUGCUCACACGCAGGGUCCACUUUGUCUACCUAUGAUUGGCCAAGAUCAACCGCAAGACGGCACCGACAUUGAAGAAGCAGCAUGCACCAAACGCAAACUGCCAGCAUCUCGUUCAGUGGCAAAGAUUCCUCCUUCGAACGGCAUGAACAGUGGACAACAUCGGUUACGAAGAGGACCGGAUAGCUUCACAGAUCCGGGUAUUUACGAUCAUGUCGGGCACAACGAGACUCCCUCCACAUCUAUAUCGGAGUAGGCUGUGUGGCUCAUUGGAGGUGUAUUGGUCCCAGGGCGGAGGAAAUGAUCAGAUGUUGAGCGUAUAGAAGAGAAGAGACACCUAGUAGUUGAAAAGAAUGUAUACACUUAU